AUGCAUCAUUAUCAACAGAAUGUCGCGGGAAAACUCGCUUGGGUGGAUGGCCCAAACAAUCCGUGGCGCCAGGUCAUCAUUCCCCUGGUAUGGGCUUCUCCGACGAUCUUUUACACUGUUCUAUCAUUGUCGUCGGAGGAUCUCGCCCGCAGAUAUGACGAUAAUCACCGACAGCGCCUCGAGUUGCAAGAUGUUUCCCUUCGUUUCCGAAACAAUGCUUUGUCUUUGCUCGCGGCCCAGAUAGGCUCUAUAAGAGCCAACCAGCCACUGCAAUUCAGUAACGAGAUUGUGAGCGAAGCACGAAAUGCCUUGGCAUCAACGCUCAUCCUUUACAACGUUGAACUUCUUGGGGCAGAAGCUAUAAAAUGGAGAAUGCACCUACAAGGUGCUAGAGUGAUACAUCAAUGGCUGGAGCAUUCUACGUCCUAUCCUGCCUCAUUUGAUAACAUCGACAAAUUCUUACUGUACGAGCACUACUACUCUAGUGUCUUCGCAGGUCUCACAACAUUCGGCAUGGUCAAUGCACCGACCGGGGACAAUCUUCAAAACAUGGGCGAUAUCGCUGUCUUCGGUGAAUUUGUUCGUGUGAUACAGUUAGUGACUGAGCUUGAGCGAUCUAAAUACGUUCAUGGUCUCGUCAUUAAUCCAAGCGAAUUCCCUAAUAUUAUUGGCACUGUGGAAACAGCAAAGGACAAAAUGAUUCUCUAUAGCCAGAAGUCCCAUUUCUGGAAUGACCAGGUCCAGCGGGACUUCCAGCAUCUGGUUUUCAUCUUUUAUCAUGCCAGCUUGAUAUACACUCAUCGAGCCCUUUCUGAAGACCCAUCAACAAAUGAAUACAUCCAAGUUUCGCGCGACUCGAUCUUGGAUUGGAUCAACCUCCUGUCCGACAGAAGCACCUUCGCACAUGAUCUUGUGUGGCCAUUGUUCAUUCUCGGAACCGAAAGCAAGGGACGCCCAGAAUUGCAGAAUUUCGUUUCCAGGGAAAUGGAAGCUGUCAUGAAAAUCAGCGGUGUUCUUGAUCGACGCAAAGUCUUGUCGUUUCUGCAGCUCUAUUGGUCGACCGAUCUUCAGCACAGUGUUACAUGGAUUCAGUUUAUGAGAGAGAAGGUACCUGAAAAUAGCAUGUUGAUUCUAUAA